CACACAAGGCCGCCCGCCCCCCCCCGGUGCGGCCGACGUGCUGCUCGCUCCCCACCGUCCGUUGCUGCCCUUCUCCUAUUCCUCGAUCCUCACCUCGUGCGUUGUUAUCUUCACCCUCGAAUCUUCUAUUCACCACAUCUCCUCCUCAAGGGGCUACUGCUCGACGACGGGCUCCCGUCUUUCCUUUCUCCCUUUUCUCCUUUCGGACUGCCUCCCUCGAGAGAACAAGCCCAUCUUCUCCUAAACCCUUCUCACUCCUCUCCGCCGGGCCUUUUUCCCUGCUUGCGGUUCUGGGCACCCGCUUCCGCCGUGACCACAUUCGCCAAGAUCGACAGACAAAAGCCGAUAUUCUCCAUCGCCAUUCCUCUCCCCUUGCUACUCAACCCCACCCAACAGCAUGGCUUCCUGUGGUAGCAGCGUGGCUACGGCCACCUUGUUUCGCACCACCACCACAUCUGUUCCCACGGUAGUAGUCUCGACGGUCCUUACCCCAGUCACACUCACUCUGGCUGUAGGAGGCGCCCCUGCCGACGGUUCUUCAGACGAUGACGAUGACUCCUAUACCACCACUUCGGUGUCCACAUCCACUGCACUCUCUACCAUCACCUCCUCCUAUGCUACCGUCCUGACGAUACCCACUGCAACCCUCUACUCUACUGGCGAAUGUCCCGUCGCAUCCACGUCCGCACCCACGGCCACGUCUGCCCUUGCUUCCUCCAAAAGGGUCACUGCCACUUCGUUGUCUGCUUCGACGGUCCAGUCUACCUCGACAGUCACCUCUGCUCUGGCCACUGUCAGCGAUGAAUCUGGCUCCACGUCCAUUGUCUUCAUCACCUACACGCAGACCAUGUCCAGCAUGACCCCAGUUGUGGUAACAGUCGUCGAGGGACCGGCUGCUAGCGAGACGUCCGUGACUCAAACUACUACUUCCCAAGGCCACAACAACACGAGUGCCAUCGUCGGUGGGGCAGUCGGUAGUGUAGCAGGACUACUGUUGCUGGCGCUUCUGGUCUGGUUUGGUCUGAGAAGAAGAAGGCGGUACAAGGACCAACAGGGACUGGACGACCUCUUCCAGCGAUCGAAUGGACACAUGGGAACGAGGGCCGAAGGUGGGACCAUGCGACGAGGCUUGACGCGAGACGAUUCGCAAUACUCGAAGGGCGUAGAGGCCGGACAGACUUCGUCCGGUGAUCAGAGCGUCGAGGAGGACAUGGCCGAGUUGGCACAGCAACCACACUCGUCGCUAGCAAUUCCUACUCUGGCUCAUCACUCGCAACCUUCGACAGAGCCAGCGUCCGGCAUGCCGCCUUCCUCACCUCCAAGCUAUGGUGGCCAGACCUUCCCUCCCGCCUGGCCACUCAACAUCGACACACAAGCGGCUAUUCAGAGUUAUGACGCCAAUGGGCAGCCGUAUUCACCUCCAGCCAACUCUUCCCAGGGUAAUCACGCUCACAACCCCUACGUGCCGGCAUACCCAGUACAUCCAGUUCUUGAUCGCUCGGGCAGCAGCAACAGUCGACUGAGCUAUUAUCACGACGCUCCCGAUCGCAAAGGCACACCGCCAAUUGCCCUAGCAGAAAGUGCGAAGAUGGCAGCUGGGUCACGGCCACCACUUUCGACGGGCCGUCAGUCCACGAGCAGCAUCCACCUCUCGCCUCCAUCAUCACCUCCACUGACCCCCCAUAUUGGAGGUGCGCAGAAUUCCGUCGGUACGCCUCCCUUCUUCGCCUCGCCGCGUUACUUCCCCAACCCUGCCUCGACCCGGCCGCGAUCGAUUGCCGAUGAGCUGGACAGGUCUCUUGCACGACAGGGUACAGCCCCCGCCGGUGGAGAGUCUCCUCACUUCUCACCACCAUCCAGGCCUAGCUCCCCUCCCACACACCUCUCCCCGCGAUUCCGCCAAUCGUCCUUUGGUCCGCCCUCGGCCGGCAAUCCCGCCAAGGCGCUCCCAUCGGGUAGCCAGCUCUCGCCACGAGCCGCUUCUCCGCUCAUGUGGAAGACACCUGCGCCGCAAGGAAGCACAGACUCUCCUGGAGCUCUGCCACCACCGAGGCCACGCAAUGCUUCUUCUGGUAACUUGAUGCAGAUGAGGAAGAGCUUCCACGCAAGCGGACGACAGUCCUCGCAAGACCAAAUGCCAACCGCGGGAGCCCUGGCAGCUACGAGUGCUUUCGGAGUGCAGACUGCUGCUACACCUCGACGAGCGACGGCCAGUCCACCGCCGUUUUCCUACGAUGGCAAUUGGCCGCCUAGCAGAUACGGUCAUCUCGAUAUGGCCGGCCACCGCACCCACGGAGGAGAAGCGGCAGCGAUUACGGCUCCCGACGGUCAGCUCUCCCCGAACUUGAGGCCUGUCAGCCCUUCUGUCUCUCCUCGGCCCUCGCACACUUCACUACAAGGCGUCAACGCGCUCAAUAUUCCCAGCGUUGCGCCCUCGGACUCGGAACACUUCUGGAGGACCCCUUCCACGGGUGUCACCCCAACCCGUUUGGACCCACCUGUAGACCUGGACCGGAAGCCUACGUCUGUAGCGCCCUCUUCGCGCUCCAUCUCUCCUGUACUUCGAGGGGAAGACAACGCAGUGACGACUCCUUCUGGCGUGUCUGAGAGCACUACUCAGGGUCAGGCUCAGGCUCAGGGGAGUAGACGUGAGAACAAGUGGAGUCAGUCUACCGAGGCCGAAGAGAUGGAGGAAGAGGGAGAGUUGAGAGAGGCAGAGAGGAAUUUGGUUUGGGGUCCGGGAGGGAAAAGGCACACUCUCUUUGUUGCUAAUGAAGAUUGAGGAGCUAAGCCAAAUCUUCCUGACAGGAGAUCUCUGCGGGAAGGCAAUUGGG